AACAGUCCGAGACGCAGACUUGCUGCACAACUGGAUUUGGUUGCAGAUUUUGACAGUGAAAACAUGACGUUUCCAAAGAAAUCGUGACCCGGUUACUCGGUUUCAUGAAACUGCUCACAACGAGGUCUGUGGAUUAUCUCACCAAAACAAUCUAGAUGGAUAAAUAGCACUACAGGCAGUAUGUUGCAGAGUGUAAAGGGACUGUUUCGUGAUCUGGAACGUAUCCCACCUUUUCCUCUACUUGAUCUCUGAUGACCUCUCAGUGACCCUGUGGUGUCCUCUAAAGCUCUGAGAUGAUUUCCCUGCAGUCCUGAGUGAUGAAGGCCUCUAACACAUUCCUCAUUCCCUUCCUCCUCUACGGGACUCUGUGUGUGUCAGAGAGAACUUUUCAUCAUAUGAGGGAGGAAUGGAACCGCUACAGGAAUGAAUGUCUGCUCCAGAUGAGUACAGAACCUAGACCCAAAGGUGUGUUUUGUGGUCGUAUGUUUGACAUGUACGCCUGCUGGUCAGAUGGAAAACCAAACUCUAUAGUUAAGGUGCCCUGCCCCUGGUACCUGCCCUGGUACAACCAAGUGCGUAAUGGCUUUGUGUUGCGGGAGUGUGGUCCUAAUGGUCAGUGGACCACCGCCACCUCCAGCCGCACCUGGAGGGACUAUUCUCAGUGCAACACUGACAACAGCCAUCAGAUAGCGCAGGAGAAGCAGAUGAUGAUCUUUGCCUACUUCAGAGUGAUGUACACAGUGGGUUACUCUGUCAGUCUGGCCAGUCUCUCUCUGGCUCUGAUUAUUCUGCUGUUCUUCAGGAAGCUGCACUGCACCAGAAACUACAUCCACAUCAACUUGUUUGCAUCGUUCAUUCUGCGAGCUGUUUCCAUCCUGACCAGAGAUGCUCUGCUGAACAGAGACAUUCCUGAGUUCAGAGGCAGCAGGAACAUCUCGGAAAUACUCAGUGAUCAGGCAGUGUCUGGCUGCCGCGUGGCCCAGGUGCUGAUGCAGUACUGUGUGGUAGCCAACUACUACUGGCUGUUGGUGGAAGGCCUGUAUCUACACAACCUACUGGUGCUGAUGGCAUUCUCUGAAAACCGCUACUUCUGUGGAUACCUACUCAUAGGCUGGGGCACCCCAGUGUUAUUUGUGAUUCCUUGGAGUAUUGUACGUUACCUGUUUGAAAACACAGGGUGUUGGGAGAUAAAUGAGAACAUGGCGCACUGGUGGAUAAUCCGCACUCCCAUCCUGCUCGCCAUUCUGGUGAACUUCUUCAUCUUUAUCCGCAUCAUCCAUAUUCUUGUAUCCAAACUGAAAGCCCAUCAGAUGAGAUACACCGACUACAAAUUCAGACUGGCCAAAUCCACUCUGACCCUGAUCCCUCUGCUGGGGAUCCAUGAAGUGUUCUUUGCAGUGUUGACAGAGGAGCACAUGAAUGCCGUCCUCCGCAACGUCAGUCUCUUUUUCCAACUCUUCCUCAACUCUUUCCAGGGUUUACUUGUAGCCAUCCUCUACUGUUUUGUCAACAAGGAGGUGCAGGCAGAGAUAAAGAAGAAAUGGGAAAGGUGGCAGCUGGGGAUGACUGACCUGGAUGACCUGAGAAACACUGGCAGCAACACGCCACAGGUUGGUGCCAGCAUGCCACCAUCUAACCAGUGCUACUAUCCGUCUCCCUGUCUUCCGCCUGCCCAUAGCCAAGAGGACAGCUGCCUCUCCGUCCCGCCCCACCACUCUGUUCCUCCUCACCCUCAGCUGCCCCUUCCUCAACCCUACAUCCACAACUGAAGACCUACUGCUAUAUCUCAUUGACAGCAUGGAGGAGGAGUAAUGAGAAGUGUUGUGAAACCUACUGCUGAAAAUUCGAAAUGUCUAAAUAAGGAAAUAUCAGUGAUUAGUGCAUCCAAGGCAAUCAGACUCACUAACCGACUGACUUAGAGGAUUUAUGAUGAAUCGUUCACUGCUACGGUUGUAGAAUUAUUCAGAAAGCAUUAUAUUUAGAUUCAAAGACACUCUUGGACUGUUGACCAAGGUAAAGCAGGUUCAGGAUUAGUGGUUUAUAUGUGUGCGGAGACAGUCCGUCAGUGGGGGGAUCUGGAUUUAGGUAGCAAGUAUUACAUCGACCUUACUGAAAUGUCUUAAAGCAACAGAGUGAAUCUCAAGCAUUUCCUGGUGUGGCUGACCCUGAUCUCUGACCAAUCUGUCAAAGGGAAAAAAUGAAAAGAGAAUUUUCAUUUGUGGAUCAUUUCAACUCAAGGGCUCAGCGUAAAUCAACAGCUGAGAGGACUCGUCCUCUCUGCUUUUAUUCCCAUGGAGGAAGCAACAUGAGUUUCUAUGUCUGAAAUUGUUUUGUGUUGAAAGAUGGAAAUGUGCCAAACAUGUUUAAUUGAACAAUUUUACUGUAAAGUGAAUAAAAUCAGUGUUAAGCCAAAUCUCUAUUUACUCAUCUAAGGUACCCUCAUAUGUACUAUUAGUCAUAUCAACCCUAAAAAAUAUUCAUCUCAUUCUACUCCCCAUAGUACACUUAUAGAUAAUAAUUUCCUGUUGUAUAGUUGUUUCUUAGCUCAAGUUGUUCAUCUUUUCAGUAUUACAUUUUUUCAUAACUUUUGCAAUCAUGUGAAAUGAAUACUUGAAACUUUGUCCUCAUCAAACACCAAUAAAAACUGCCAAACAAUGGUA